AUGCGUCGGUCCUCCUCAACAAAGUCACCCUCCUUCCCUCUGGGUGAAAAAGCCGUGGAUGUAGAUAUGCGUACCCCUUCUACGUCGGCCGUGACUGCCACAACGACAACGACCUCAGCGGUACCAACACCACCACCACCACCACUUCCAUCCGACCCGCGAAGACGUCAGUCCUCGUCCUCCUCAGCCGAUCCCGGCGCCGCCGCUACAUCGGGCCGCCCAGACCACCUGAAGCGAAAAUUUGAACCGCCGGAGAAAGCAGAGGUACGUGUUGUCGACUGA